AUGGAUAUUCAACAGCCCGCGCCCACCCCUCCAUCAAACCCACCUCUCCAGUUUCCUCAAUUAUCCCAAACCCAGGGUCCAACAACAUCACUAUCGCCUGACUCCUCUGAGCUCCCCGACGUUUUUGAAAUACCACCACCUACUGUAUCGGAUUUCGGGGCGAAGCAACAGGCAGAAGCCAACAACACCACAGCGCAGCAGACAGAAGUCAACAACGGCACAGUGCAGCAGGUAGAAGACAACAAUAGCACCAACGUAGCGCAGCAGGCAGAGGACAACUAUAACAACAACCACAACAACCACAACACUGUACAACAGCCAGAAGACAGCAACACGGCGCAGCAGCCAGAUAACAAUACCCAAAAGCGGUAUUCAGACACGGAUAUCCUCGGUGAUACCAAGGUAUUUUGGGAUAAAAAAGGGUAUAAAUACGGAUACAAAUUCGAGACAUUCUUCAAAGCAUGGCUCCUAGAGCGUGCACCAAGCGGCCGACAUUGGGCUGGGUCAAGGCUGCAGUCACUGCGUAGAAUACUAAAUGAUCCUGCCGUACGAGAGAGACUGAGCGAAGCCGGUAUCGAAUUCAAGAUUGACGGCGAAAAAAAACAAGAGAUGGCCGACACCAAUGCUUUCCGCCAUGAGCUCCUCGCCCUGGUGACCGAACCCGCCUUCAAGGCGUUUGAUCCUCGGGGUGUUGACCUACCAGACGUCAUUCCUCAGGGUGUUAGCCAGCUAGACGCAGACGCCAACCCCGACGCCGACGACGAUGAUGACGACGACAACAGCAACAUCAACAACGAAAAUUCCGCCGUAAGGGACGCACGCUCCCGCCAAUGGAUAGACAGGGCUCUUCGAGACGCUUGGCCCCGACUACAAGUAAAAUCGCCCAAGCUCGCCGCUUUUCUGACCUCCGUUCUCCACAACAAAAGAAACGCUCGUCCCCCGAGACGCAAUGUGUUCGACGCGCCCCUGUACAACACAUCCGACGACUCGUGCAACUACCCGACGAGGGCUUACAUGAUCGCCUCCCUGAUGUUGGGUGCCAUCGCACCUAGACAAAGCACGACCUUACCUAUGUCCAUAGGUUUAUAUCUUCACAACACCGGCGUACCGCGACGGGUGAUAGAAACGCUUGCUCGUUUCGGCCACUCUGAAAUCUCCACGGACAUGGCCGGCAUCGGCAUUAAUAAGGAAGUUGUCAAGAUAGAGGGCGUCAAAGGGCAGGGUGACGUAACAGGCAAUGUGGAGGCCCCUGAUGGUGUAGACUGCGAGCGUUGA